AUGUUGGCGUCACUCGCGCUACUCCUUCUCACACCAAUGGCGAUGGCGUUGGCGAUGGUCCAGGUGCCGCACAUCGAUUGGUGCCUCUAUUGGCGAUUCCUCAACAAGGACCAAUAUCGGCCCGAGUGCAACGGUGUGUAUCGAUUGCGAUUCGCCAAACACAAAGCCUUCGAUCAUCAGCGCCCUCAAAUCAAUGCGCCCGUCAAAUUGGAACACGAGAUUUUUGAUCAAUGCCGUCCGGCUCAUUGGCGAUGUCAGCGGAGCAGCCGAUGCUCCUCCGGUCAAUUGUGCAUCGACGUCGGCGGCUAUUGUUGCGGCAAUGAGAGAAUUCUCACCAGCUGCCCAUCGCCCGACACCCUCGUGGAUCAAUGCGCGAGGUCUCGCCGCGCCGCCACCAAUUGGUGCACCAUCGACGCCGAGUGUUCGCCACAAUUGGCGCCGCGCCACAACUCGCUGUUCGCCAAUUUGGCGCCGAUGAGAUCGCGCGCGAUGUGCUGCCCGACAAGCUGCGGCUACAACGUCUGCAUUCGGUAG